AUGGACAGUCAAGGACUCGUGGUAGAGACGGCAGGAGGAUUUUAUUGCAGCAAUUGUACCUUUUACAAUGGAGACAUCCCUCAAUGUGCUAUGUGCGAACAUCCUAGGGACUUGGACGGAGCCUCUGGGAACGGUUUAGUAGCAGGGAAUGACAUGUCAUUCGAGGAAGACAGAGAAGAGGAGCCUUUCGAGGAGGAGGUCAGUGCAGUUUCCCAGUCAGUGACAAUACCAGCAUCGCCUUCUCCUGCUGGCAUCCAAGCUUACAGAGGAGGUGCGGCGCCUGGAACGGACCCCAACCAGGAGCUUCUCAACGCGGUCAUCUCUAAGAAGUCAGCUUCGAGCCUGCAGAGAUGGGUCGGACAUGGCGCCAACACCAACCAUAUCUUCCGCGAGCAUUGCAAGGCUGGUCGCAGUGCUCUGUGCUACGCUGUACAACAAAACGAUGCAGACAUGGUGAAUAGUCUGGUGGGGCUCAACGCAGACGUGAACAUGCGGAUGGAUGAUGGUGAGACAGCUCUUUCUCUGGCCAUCAAGAACAAGAAGUAUGAUGGAACAGAUAUGACCAGGCUCUUGCUGUCGAAAGGGGCAGACGUUUCGUCCAUGGAAGGCUUGAAACUGAACGUUACGAUGGAGUAUUGGAUGGAACAAGCCCAUAUCUUUCCAGUGGAUGAGACGAGAAGGAAGCGUUUGGCUCCUUUCAAUCUUUCUAACAUUGUUGAGUUGCCAUAUUGCGUCAUAGGACAAAGAUUUGCCAUGCAUUCUCUGCGGGACAUGAUCAUUCAAUUCUGGACUGAUCAGCAAGCAGCUGGUCAUAAGCCUCUGGUCCUGCUCCUGCCCGGGCCUCCUGGGCAUGGAAAAACCUUCCUGUGCAAGAACAUCGCAGAUGCGCUGGUUCCCAAGGACAGCUCGAUAUUGAUCUCGUUGAGUGGAACCAAAGAUGACGCCGACCUAUUUGGAUCGAGACAUGGCGGGUUCACGCGAUCUGACAUGUCCAGUGAUGGACAACUUGUAUCUUUCCUUCGGAGUCGCCAGGGGAAAAGAAACAUCGUUCUCUUGGAUGAAUUCGAGAAACUUGCAGAUCUUGUCAACUGCCUUGGAUGGGGACAGGCUGAAAGAAUCUACAACUCGUUCUUAGAGCCAUGGCAAGAUGGCUUUCUAACAGAUUCAAGUCGAAACUCCAACGGACAGAAGAUUGACUGCAGGCAAACAAUCUUCGUGUGCAUGUCAAAUCGCGGGCAAGAUGAGAUUAUCAAGUUUGCAAAGGCCAACCCCAAGAUCUACAAGUCGCAACAAGAUGACAGCGAGAGGCAUUGGAUCAAAGUGAACCUCGUCGAUCGCAUCCUCAAACCUCUCUGGGAGAAGUUCUUCGCCGAGAUCAAACCGGAGCUAAUUGCUCUUUUCCGUCGGUUUGACGCUGUCAUUCCGUUCUUGCCCUUUACCGAGCGAGAGCAGUUGGUCGUAGCUGACACAGUGAUUCGUUCCUACCUCGCAAGAUAUCGCGAUCCUCCGCAAACUGACCCUUCCAUCAACCUGGCGCAUCGCCGAAUGAUCGGAAAUCUGAUUGUACACCACUCUAGGAAGGUUUCGCUGUUGGCAGGAGCAAGUUACUGCGCGUAUGAGGGAGCCUCUUCCUUGCAGAAAUAUGCCAAGAACGAGAUUUCGUCCCUCCUUGCCACAAAAUAUUUCAACUCAGAGCUUGACGCGGCUCCGAGGGUGAAGGUGGGAGAUGAAAGCAAGCAAGAGUGCUGGAUCGACAUCGUUGCUGAAGAGAAGAGAUGCUACGUCUCCUUCUCUCCUCCGCAGGACACAGACGAUGAAGAGAACAAGGAUCCUCCAGGUACGCAGGCGAGUAGGAUCAAACCGAAGGAGGAAUCGUCAAAGAUUCCCUUCCACCACGAAGAGGAUGACACAAACCCAGAAAAAGUUCGGCAAGGUUUGCUUGACUUCUCCUUCGAUGAAUCGUGA